GGCAAAACGCUACGCGUCUGUAAAUUUUUUGCAAUCAUUGGUGUAACGGCGAUCACUCGGCGUGUGGCACGGGCGGAUAAUCAUGGGCAGCAAAAAGCACAAGAAGCACCAUAAGUCUGAAAAGAAAGAAGCCAAAGAUGAAGGUAAUGUCUUCCGCGUGCACAGAUUGUGCGUUCGGUUUGACCGUAUUGUUGGAGCGAUCUUUAUGGAAGACCGCCAAGAAAAGUCUCUCAAGCUGGUUCUCAAGGUUGGCGGGAGCACAGGUGGGUUGCAGACGCCUGUGCCAUCGCCAUCUGCUGUAGCCUCUCCACACAGCGUGCCUCCAGCCCAGCAACAGCAUGAACCGAUGGCAGCAGCAGCUGCACCAGCAGCAUUUCGUGUGGAGGCCCCUGGCAUGGUUUGUCAUGCUCAUGAGGGAAGCAGCAGCAGUAAGCACAAAAAGUCCAAGAAGAAGAAAAAGAAGAAGUCCAGCAGCAAAGAACAUAGGGAAAAGAGGCACAGGCACCACCAUCACCAUCAUCAUCGCCAUCACCACCACCACCAUAAGGAUUCUGAAAAGAAGGAGAAGCGGAAGUGUGAGCAUGAAUGUUCCUUGGGCAGUGAAGAGCGCCCACCAGCAGCUAAUGCAGUGGAACCACCACCAGCCAAGCGCCCCCGCCAGGAGUUAGUGCCAGCAGCGCCUGAGCCUUCCCAGCCGCCUUCUGAACGCCCAAUUAGAGAUCCUCGCACAUGCACAUUAAAGAAGUCUGAUAAGAGUCCCCUGCAGAUGCUGCUCUACUACCUUCUAAAGAACCUUCAAAAGAGAGACCCUCAAGAAUUCUUUGCUUGGCCUGUGAAUGAUAUAAUUGCACCAGGCUACUCAACAAUCAUACACAAUCCUAUGGAUUUUAGUACCAUGAGAAAAAAGAUAGAUGACAGUGAAUAUGCAUGUGUCAGCGAGUUCAGGGAGGACCUGAAGUUAAUGUGUGAUAAUGCAAUGACCUACAACCGACCUGACACUGUUUACUUCAAGUCUGCAAAGCGUAUGUGGUACUCUGGAAACAAGCUCCUUUCCAAGGAUCAGCUUUUGGCAUUGGAGAGUUCCCUUCCAUUCUUUGCUGACUUGACAUCUGAAGAGCUGGGGUUUGAUGUCAAUGGGACUGCCGCUGCCCCUGAUGUCAAACCACCUACUGAUGUUGCCGAUGCUCCAGUGCCCGUAGAGGCUGCACCACUUGGAAGUCCAGAAUUUGCCAAAAAGAGCAAGAGUGGCUCAAGUGAGGAGGCAGCAUCAGAUGACCAGGCGGCGAGCGAAAUCCUGCUUCAAGCGCAAAAAGCGGCACGGGCCGCAGCUGACAGGUUGACAUUGAAGAAAGUGAAUAGCAAGUUUGGCUUUUUACGUCAGAUGGAAGAUGGAAGCACUACAUUAUCAAUAUUAAACCCAGACUGCGGAAGUACUAAUGGAUCGAAAGAAAUGAAGGUCAACUUAGAAAUGCUAGUUGGAAAGCUUGCUCAUGGAACUGGAACCCUCAUGGAUUUCAAGGAUGACAUCAAAAACAUUGCACGACCAAUCAAUUAUCUCAACUAUGGGACCUACAGCACUUAUGCACCUCACUAUGAUUCUACAUUUGCAAAUCUCUCAAAGGAAGAGUCUGACCUUGUGUACUCAACAUAUGGCGAUGAGCUUGGGGUCCAGUAUGCUGAGAGUCUGCUCAGCUUUGCCAAGGAUUGUGAUUAUGUCAUGGACAUGGUUGACAACCUUCUGGAUGUAUUGACAUCUGGCGAGCACUCAAAGACUGUAAAACUUCUGGAAGCUCAUCGCAAUGGCAUAGUGCCAGAGGAAAAGGACCUUGUAUCCUUCACAAAUCACACUGAAGAUGAAGAAAUGGAAGUGGAAUCGUCAGAACCAAAGCAUAGUGAUUUCAGGCCACCCGACUCCUUCUAUGCACUUAACGAUCUCACAGCUGAUUCAACCGUACUGGACAGUAACCAUACAAGCCAAGCACCAGUCCAGCAAAAUUUUACAGAACGGGAUCUUAUGCAUGGAGAUCCCCAUGAAGUCCAUGAACAUCAUGAUCACCAUGAGCGUCAUGAUCAUCAUGAGCACCACGAUCGUCAUGACCACCUGCACCAUACAGUUUCAGAAUCCUCAUCACUGGAUAGUGCUGACAGUGAUAUCAAUGCUGUGCUACAACAGAAGCUACAAGAGUCAAAGGAGAUGAUUGAUACCCUGUCCCGUCUGCAACAAGAGCGGCUUAGUGCCACGCCACCAGCACACCUGAGCCAUAUACAGGGUGCCAGUGAACUGGAACUUGAGCUGGCGGAAAAGAUUGCAAAGACACUUUCUGAGCUGGCUUCUCAUGCGAAGCCAGGAAGCAUAGUGAGUGUGGAGGCAAUCCGCAAGGCCAUGGGCAUCAACUACCCUCCCACAGCACCCUGUCAUCACCACCACUCAUGCCCACAUGUGGCAUCACCUUACAAUGUCUCGACACAUGAUCUCCCUGAUAGCAGUAGCAGUAACGAUGUCUCCUUACGCACUAAUGACUCUCCUUCUUCCAACACCUGACUCUUGUGUCCUUCGAAAACCUACAUACAAAGAUAUGUAGGUUUUUGCUAACAUGAUUUGCUAAGCCAAUGGGCCAGGAAGGAUUGGAGAGUACAUUGGGCACACGAGACAUUUUGGUGUUCACUGGUAUCGGGGUCUUUUGGAACAUUGUGCAAGCUAAGUCUUGUCAGUAGUCUGCAGUGGAUAUGGCCGAAAGCAGGCUUGUGUUUUGCCAGCGGUAAACUCAACGGAGCUGGUUAGGAACAAAAGGAUGUUAUUGACAGGAGAAAGAAAACCCACAGAAUGCACUCAAAGGGACGAACAGUGUGGGAGAUUACGAUUUUAUAGGUUUGGGUCAAAAGAACAAUGACCGCUGUUUAACUCUUCACACACAUUCUUUCUUUUACGCAGAGAAGCUUUGUGAACUUCUUUAAUUUCUUCUGUCUGCUAGGAAAUGUUCAGCACACCUGUUUGUCCCCCACAUGGUCACGGCGGUCACAUCUUCGUGAAAACAGACCGUGAAGAACAGAAGGCACAUCCGUACAUUUUGCACUGCCUCACCCAUUCCGGUCAUCAGACACUAAAUGA